AGAAAAAGAAAGAAGCCGAACCCCACAGAAAUAAACCAAAACCCUUCCCCACUUCUCUCCCCCUUCUCGUCAGACAGCUCUAGUGUUCCCUGCCAUCUCUUUCCUCCCUUCCGGAACAAGAUCUGGGCGUCUUCGUCCGCAAAAAUGAGGAAUUCGGUGUUGAUGUGAAGAGUGAUUCAACGGAGGUUUGUUGGUUUCUUCUCAUGAAUCCUUCGUCGCUGAUCUCGCGAAGAGUUAUGCCGGAGAUGUGGCAGUUUCCAAUGGUCGGAGUACCUUCAGCAGUUAGGGUUCCGGCUGCUGGAAUAGGCUACCGAGAUGUGUCGGCGGGAGAAUCAACGGUGACAGAGCAUAGCCCGGGGAAUCGGUGCAAGAAGAAGCGUCGGGAUGCGGGGCCGACUGCGGCUUCGAUUGCGUUGUCGGAGGAGGAUUCUUCGAAAUUCGUUUCUACAAGCAGCGGUGGCAUUGAUUUGGUAUUUAACUCGGCGGAUAGCCAAACAAGGAAGCGCUCAAAAACGGGAAAAUCCAUUGAUGAAAAUGCUGAAUCUAAAGUGGAUGCCGAAGCAAGUUCUGAUGGAAAUAAGUUCGAUCAACCUUUGGAGCCACCAAAGCCAGAGUACAUUCAUGUUAGAGCCAGAAGAGGUCAAGCGACUGACAGCCACAGCUUGGCAGAGAGAGCUAGGAGAGAGAAGAUAAGUGAGCGAAUGAAGAUACUUCAAGAUCUGGUUCCUGGGUGUAACAAGGUAAUUGGUAAAGCAUCUGUACUUGAUGAGAUCAUAAACUACAUCCAGGCAUUGCAGCGUCAGGUUGAGUUCCUUUCAAUGAAACUUGAAGCAGUUGAUUCUCGCAUUAAUACUGGCUUGGAGGGCUUCCCCUCCAAAGAUUUUGGAGGGCAGGCAUACGAGAACAUAACUAGCCUAGCAUAUACCCCGCAGCGGACGAGAGACUACGUGCAACAAGGAUCUGCAGCUGAGUGGCUUCACAUGCAGGUUGGUGGUGCUUUGGAGAGAGUUACUAAUUAGCCCUCCAAUCAUAUAUUUUGAAUUCCUGUGCAAUAAAAUUGCAUUCGCCAGGAUUAAUUUCAUCCCUGCUUAUGCGUUACUAUUCGUCUUAAUGCUUUUACUUUAUGGUAUCCAAAGAUAUUAUCCCAAAUUUCUAUUUUUAAUAUCCAAAUGUGGGAUUAUCUAUUUUGAUCAAGCAAUAUUUAUAAGUCGGCACGGUUUAGUUAUUCAUGCCAUUCAGUCGAAAGAUUUGAUGUCUGAUGACUGUAUUAAUGCAUGUUGUUGACAUGUCUCAAUAUAAAUAUUUAAGACGUUAAUUAA